GGUGCUUAGUGCUCUGGAAACGUUUGUCGCCCGCAGUCGGAGGAAAAAUGGACGUCAACGCCUAUCGUCGCAUUGGAUCAAUUUAUGUGCUCGUAUGCUGCUCGGUAGCGGCCUUCGGUGCCGCCUACUGCUUGUACCAGCUGAUGGACGCCAAACCGGCCUGCCAAGGAUUUUCCUGUCCCGACGGAACGAAGAACGUCAUCAUUCUGGCAGUUAGCUUGAAGAUCGGCAUACUGUCUGCGAUGUUCGCCGGGCUGCUCAAGGACGGCAUCGUGGAGAGGAAAGUCUGUGCCGUCCGCGUGAACCGAGUGUUUGUCGUGGUGAGAACCCUCUCGCUGAUUGCGCUGUGGACCUGCUGGGAGAUUUUCCGCUACAGCGAUCGAUACGAGGGAAGCGCAUCCACCGGUGAAGUACUGAUUCAUGUUGCAUUGUGCUUCGGGAUGCUUGGAAUUACCGGCGUGGAGUUGGUGAUCUUGAACGGAGUGCUGAAAUACUUGAGAGAGGGUGCUCCCGAACCCAAGAAACGGGUACCGGCGGUGGUGUACGUUCAAGCGUGAGAAGAAAAUCCGAGAAUUCAGUGCCUUUGUUGUUUAUUUUCUGUUCAGUCGCGCGGGUUUUAAAAUAUAAAACAAACAAAUGAACAAUGCGUCAGAAGCAACUCUCAAUAUUGAAACCAAAUCGGGCGAGAUGAUUUAUGAUUUGAGAAUCUAUUUUGGGAUUUUAAUCGUUGCGAUAUCGAGUAUCGCAUGCGAAAUCAUUUAUCGGUAACCCAGAACUAGAAAUUGUUACGAAAAAUAUAUGUGAAGUGAGUGUGAUCUUGUUCGAUUGCUAGUAAAGCUUAGACAAUAUUUGUAGGUAAGAAGUGAAUGUGACUGAUUGCUUCGUAAAAGAUUAAAAUUUCACAAAAAUAAAUAACGUAGCUUCGACCAAUUAUGUUAAAAUUUUAAAUCCAUUUAUUAUUCUUUUUAUCGUUCACAUUAUCACCAAACCUAAUAACAAAUCAAUACAAAAGUUAAUGAAAAUUGGAGAAUAAUAUAAUUUUGACGUUUGCAUUUAAAAACGCAAAUAAAUUUCAACCCAAUUUAGUAAAAGCAUUUGAUUUAAUUCCUAAAGGAAUUCCACUCAAACUUAAGUUAAAUCCACGUUUCGCUUCAACACUGCAAGCCAAUUAUAUGACGUGCAG